CGCAGGAAGGAGAAAGAAAAAGAGAUAGGGAAAGGGCGCGCAGGAAGGAGAAAGAGAAAAGCAAAAGGGAACGCAAAGCCGGUAGAACGCGCGCGGUGUGUCCUCCUCAUGUCGUACGGCAUUUCUGAACGCGGCCAUUACAGGAGAGAGCUGCUCGGUGACGGUCUGUGCGUUACAGACGGUCCUAGUGCAUAGUCGUCGUCGUCGUCGUCGUCAUUGUCGUAUAAUACAACACUCGUGCGCGUAGUGAUUCGAUUUCUAAGCGCAACAGGAGGAGGACGCGCGCGCUUAACUUCGAAUAGUCCACAAGCACGUGCUCGUUCACGUUUUCGCCUAUAAAAAGAAUCAACGCGGUGCUGCAAGGUGGUCGUUGCACCACGUUUCGCUAAAUAAAAAAGCGCGCGCAAAAAAGAAAAUAAGAAGAAGAAGAAGGAAGUUGUUUUUUUGUAAUUGAGAGAGUUCUUCUAUUUUUAUUUUUGGUUUUUUUCUUUUCAAUUCAACCCCCCUUCUCGGAGGCAAACAACACGCGUUGUUUCAAGGAUAUAAUAUUCCCUUCUCUGGUCAUCAUUGUGAUUUUAAAGGAAGAAGGAUAUAAUAUACUUGUUACGGAAGAGGAAGUUGAGGAAGAAAAAUUUACUAUACUAAUUAAUCGACUAUUAUAAUAGUAUUGAAGAAAAACAGCAAUCAUCAUGUUUGAUGUUUUCGGUUCUGUUAAGGGUCUACUCAAGUUAGACUCCGUGUGCAUCGACAAUAAUGUAUUUCGAUUGCAUUACAAAGCAACCGUGAUCAUACUGAUCGCAUUUUCCUUGCUGGUAACCUCGAGACAGUAUAUCGGCGACCCUAUCGACUGCAUUGUUGAUGAAAUACCGCCCAACGUAAUGGACACUUAUUGCUGGAUCUAUUCAACCUUUACCGUACCGAAUCGUGGUGGUAUAGUUGGUCAGGAUGUCGCACACGCUGGUGUACGUAAUCACGUAGAAGGGGUUGAUGAAGUUAAAUACCACAAAUAUUAUCAGUGGGUAUGUUUCACCCUAUUCUUCCAAGCGAUAUUAUUUUACGUGCCACGUUAUCUUUGGAAAAAUUGGGAAGCCGGUAGGAUUAAGAUGCUCAUGCUUGACCUUAAUUGCCAUCUUACCAACGAGGAAGUCAAAUGCGAGAGACGAAAAUUAUUGGUCGAUUAUUUGGCAUUGAAUUUACAUUCGCAAAACUUUUACGCAUAUAGAUUUUUCUUCUGCGAAAUAUUAAAUUUCAUCAACGUAGUUGGACAAAUAUACUUCAUGGAUUUCUUUUUGGAUGGGGAAUUUUCUACUUACGGUUCGGACGUCGUCAAAUUCACCGAAUUAGAACCGGAGGAUCGGGAUGAUCCUAUGUCCCGUGUGUUCCCAAAGGUAACCAAGUGUACCUUCCACAAAUAUGGUGCUUCCGGUACUGUACAAAAGUUCGACGGACUCUGCGUACUUCCAUUGAACAUCGUCAACGAGAAGAUCUACGUGUUCCUAUGGUUCUGGUUCAUUAUCCUGGCUGUAUUAAGCGGUCUCAGUUUGGCUUAUCGUGCUGCUGUUAUUGCUGGACCUAAAUUGCGUCUUAUGUUGCUUCGUGCCCGUUCACGUUUGUCAGACAAACAUGAUAUCGAAAUGAUCGCACAAAAAUGUCAAAUAGGCGAUUGGUUCGUCCUUUAUCAAUUGGGUAAGAAUAUCGACCCGUUGGUCUACAAACAGCUUGUAUCAGAUCUGGCAUUGAAGCUGCAGGGUAAAGAAACGGUCUAAAUCUAUUUAUCAUUCGUUAAAAUUCAUCAUUUACGGUUUUAUCCAAUAUUUUGUUCUGAAAUCAUCGUAGAAACGAUUUUUUGUUCAGUAUCAAAAACUAUAACCCCCCAUCCCCCUUCCUCUUUCUCCUCUCCCGACGAUAAUGAAAGUCAUUCGUUAAUAACAAAAAAAAAAUCAAAUCGUCAUUGUCAUUUUUGACGAAAAGAAAACAAAAAGAAAGGAGAAUAAAUUCGAGGAAUGAUGAGAAACAAAAUAUCCGUGGAUUUAUUUUUCGUGAAAGAGGGUCCUCCACACUGCAAUCGCAAGAAUUCUUUUCUUUGGUUUUUUUUUUCGUCGGCUGAUCCUCUCGUGAUAUCUCAGAAUAAUAAUAAUAUUAAUAAUUAUUUGAAUUAUAUUCGUUUUAUGAAAGGA